AUGGUCGCAUUGCACAGUUUCCGUGCAUAUGCAUAUUACUUGGCUUUCGUUGUGUCUCCCAGAUUACCUAGGGAUGCAGAUGUGGCUAUGCUCGAUCAGCCACAAGCCACAAUCCUUCAGUACCUGAGACCCUUACCGUUUCUUGGUCGGCUCAAGCGGAAUGCAGUCUACCCACCGGAACUUUCGCGACAAGAUCGAAAAGCACUGUUUGAGCGAUGCUUCGAAAAUGUGUCUUCGCCUGAGAUUUACUUGAAGUGGUGGUUCCUGGAUGCGGAUCCGGAUGAGAUUCGGCGGGACAACGUGAGAGAGUUUCUCUUGUGGGCUUUCUUCGAAAAGCCUGAUGGGAAAGGCCUGUUGGCAGAAGACGAGGAGAUGGUGGAGGAAGAGGUUGAACACUAUCUGGUGCUUCUCGAGAACAGACUUGGACGGCCAUUCGAAGAUGGAAGGGGAAAUGCCAAGAGCCUUCGUCUGACUCUCGAUGGCAUCACGACGACAUAUCGCAGUCUUCUCUGGUAUCUCAUCAUCUUCUUCAUCGACCAGUUCACCCACUUUGCUUUACGCUGGCAUGGAUUUGAGUUUUAUCGACGACCUCGCUCCUCUGCGCUUCGUGUUUUCCCACCGCGCCCACAAGAGCUGCUUCCAGGCCAGCAAUCACCCUCUUCACAAAUAAGUUACUGGCACCGCCCGCAUACAGCCCAAGACAAACUUCCCGUGGUGUUCUUCCACGGCAUUGGGGUUGGAUUGUCGACAUACAUCGGUUUCCUGGCUGGAAUUUAUGACACAGGCGAUAAGAAAAGGAGCGUCGGUGUAAUUGCCGUCGAAACCUUGCCCAUCUCGUUCCGCCUCACCCCAGCCAUUCCUGAUAAGAGAGAGUUCUUGUCUCAAAUGACAGCCAUCCUGGAACACCAUCAUUGGGACAAAUUUGCGUUGGUAUCGCACUCUUACGGCUCUGUCUUGACGACACAUAUUCUCCAUGACUCCAGACUCAAGCAUCGCGUACCAUCAGUUGUCCUCAUCGAUCCCGUUACUAUCAUGCUUCAUCUUCCCGACGUGGCAUACAACUUUACUCGUCGGAAGCCCAAGCGAGCUAAUGAAUGGCAGCUGUGGUAUUACGCGAGUACUGAUCCAGGCGUUGCGCUUUGUCUAGGCAGGUAUUUCUUCUGGCGCGAGAAUAUUCUUUGGAAAGAAGAUCUGGUAGGGACUCAAGAUGAUAGUCGUCAUACGAGGCAUGCCGCCGUGGCGCUGGCUGGUCGCGACCUUAUAGUCGAUACUGCUGCAGUUGCAGAAUAUCUGGGUGUUGAUCUGGAAAUGCGAACACGGAGUCUAGUAGCGGAAUCGCACAACGGCGUAGAGGUGGUCAUGUUUCCAAAGCUGGACCAUGCGCAAGUGUUUGACGAUCGGACAAGUAGAGAUUCGGUGAUUCAGAUGAUUAAAUCAAGGUGCGAAAGUUAG